UCAUCCAUCUUGUUUAUUAUACUCUCUGUAAGAGAAGAGAAGAGAAGAGGAGAAGAAACGAAGCCGUGCGAGAACGAGCGGAAGGAAAAGGGAGAUCCGAAGCCGAGUGCUGCUGCGAAACUCUCUCGUUUGGGGAACUUGGGACAGCGUGAGGACGUGAAAAAGGGACAUAAGCUAAAGCCCAGCCGACAAAGAUGCCGCCGCCGGUUCGGAGCUACGUGCUGUGGAGGGACGAUGAGGCCACGCACCCGGACUCCAUCCGGGCCGCCUUGGCCGAGUUCUUCUCCACCUUCAUCUUUGUCUUCGCAGCCGAAGGCUCCAUCUUCGCUCUCGAUAAGAUGUACACAGACACCGGCACGACAGCUACUAGUUUGAUAGUGAUUGCGCUCGCAUCCGCCCUAUCGCUCUCUGCUGCCGUCGCAUCCAGCAUCCAUGUCUCCGGCGGCCAUGUCAACCCGGCCGUCACCUUCGGGGCGCUGGUAGGAGGCCGGAUCUCACUGGUCAGGGCCACAUAUUAUUGGAUCGCGCAGCUCCUUGGCGCUAUAGUAGCCACGCUCCUGUUGAGGCUGGUCACUGCAGGAAUGAGACCGCUCGGGCUCAUCUUGGCCUCCGGAGAAGGCGAAUUGAGGGGGCUCCUCUUGGAGGCGGUGAUGACGUUCGCGCUGGUCUACACGUUCUACGCUACUGCGGUCGACCCGAGACGCGGGAGCCUGGGGAUCAUCGGGCCCCUGGCGAUAGGAUUUGUCCUCGGGGCGAACAUCCUGGUGGGGGGCCCGUUCGAUGGGGCGUCCAUGAACCCGGCGAGGGCAUUCGGGCCAGCGCUUGUGGGGUGGAGGUGGAGGCACCACUGGAUCUACUGGCUGGGCCCGUUCAUCGGGGGCGGGCUCGCCGGGCUGAUCUACGAGUUCAUGGUGAUACCGACGAUGGAGGCGCCGCACCGUCCUCUUCACCAGCCGUUGGCUCCGGAGGAUUACUAGGGUUUCAUUUCAAGGGGGGGAUGGAUUUUGGGUUUUG